ACUUUUCCACGAGUUUCACGCAGGUGUAAGAAAAAUCGAACGUUUUAUCAAUCAGCCUUCUUCAUAACAAUCAAUUCCACAUAACUGUACCUUACUGGUAUCUUUCCUAAAAAUGCCACCCGGACGAAGAAAAUCAAUUUCUUAUUACCUCAAACGCCUGAAAUCAGAGGGAAUAAGUACGAAAUUGAGGUUGAAUAUUUUUUCAGCAGCAGCGAAGAAUAAUCACCAAGUGCUGAGACAACAGCUGGAAACAAUACACUUCGCUGACAUUCUGGACUUGAAGAACGAAACCCCUUUGAAUGUUGUCAGUAAAAAGACGGAAUCUGCACAGAGCAGGGAGACUGCGAAAAUCCUGUUGAGUUACGGGGCUGAUAUCCUCUGGCCAGAUUAUCAUGGUUCGACGUCAGCUGCUUAUUUUUUUAUUCGAAAAGAUCCGGAUUUCAUCGACCUAGUCCUGAGAAUGCUGCCAAAUGUGAACGUACCCCUAGAUUCGGAAGAGAACACCGCCUUGCACUUGGCCGUCGAAGCCAACGUAGAAUCUACCGUCUUGAAGCUGUUGGAAAGGGGAGCAGAUCCGAACAGAAAGAACAAACGCGGACUCACGCCAGUCCAUAAAUCGGUAACGAAAUCGGGGUUUCAAUUCCUAAUACAUCUGUACAGUCUUGGAGGCGACAUCAACCUACCCGCCCCAGAUUCCCAAACGCCCCUUCAUAUGGCGUCGAGAAUGGGGAAUAAGGAUUGCUUGGAAGCCGUCUUAUAUUGUAACCCCGAGUUGAACGCGAAAGACAGGAAUGGAUUGACCCCAUUGCUGAUCUUAACCAUUCGCCAUAAUCAUCUGGUGCCCCAAAUUUACGAGUUGCUACGAAAAGGAGCUGAUCCUAGCGUGCGAACACCUAACGAAGAUAACUGCCUUCACUCUUUGAUCAGGUACGUCAACUUGGAAAAUCAUUAUCUGAGACUGAGCUUUCUGAUACGUCUCCUUCUUCAGUAUGGCGUCGAUAUCGACGCUGCGGGUUACCAAAAAGAUACAGUUUUACACAUAUCCACGUACAGGAACAAACCGCUAGCAGCCUUCACACUAUUGAGAUAUGGGGCGGAUUUGAAGAAAAAAAACCAUCGGGAUUUCCCUUUAGACAUAGCGUUUAUAACGAAUAAUGACCACAUCGCCAAGAUCUUCGUGAAAUUCAUAGCUAUAAGGGGCGGGGAUAUUCAGGAGUAUAUUUCCAGACAACACCACGUACUCAAACUGUCAGCUGCUAGGAUAUGCUUAACAAUGCACCAAGCUGAACUAGAACACCUCAAAACUGUACUAGUUUAUUGCUCCAAUUUAAGCUAUUACAGUAUAAUAACCAUGAGCUUGACAACCUUAACCGACCAUAUGGGCACAAGUCUGGCGCUCAGAGAACUCAGUGCUAGAAAUUUGGACCCAUCAGUCAAAUUAUAUCGCAACUUGCUCAUCUGGAAUUUACAGGAUGGAAAAAGAUGUUGGAUUGCACGAAAAGAAGUCGUCUCAUUCAUGCAACAGAUUUUCACAUUGAUGCCAGGCAAGGUUUCUGUACCAAAAAAGGUUACAGCGCACAUAGUUUCAUUUCUUGGAUUUCACGAAGUGCUCAAAAUGAAGAGAUAUCUGAGGGACGAGCUUGAAAACGAAUAUUGACCGACUCCAUGAUGUAUUGUGACAAACUGCUGUUAUUUUUAUGAACGGAAGCAAAUUUCCAUUCAAGCAUUAUGACUAGAAUCAAAUUGAUUUUCUUGAUUUUCUUGAAGUUACGUUGUACUUAUACAUAAUUUAUAUUGUGAUAUUAUCGUUGUGUUUUUUCAUUUCUUUAUACAUAUUUGUUAUUUAUUGUAAAAAAUUGUGUUCAAGUUCGAAUUUUUCACAACUUGAAA